AUGAACCUCGUUGAACGCGCGUUAUCGUUUCCUAGGCUCACGAGCAGCACCUUCGUCAGCUACAGCUUAGCGACCGGGGGAGCCGGGGAUCCGAAAGUGAGCAAUUGGUGGGCGACGAGCUCGAAAUACUACUCGAAAUCAUCCGACGGGUCUAGAGCAAAUGUCAGCCAGGAGGUGAAGCUCGCAAGGGUAGUCUACGACCAAGGGUCUCAAGGAAACAAGUUUGACUACAAGACUCCCUGGAAAGUUGUUAUGAGCAAGAUCGGCGACGGAAAGCCGUUCCCCUACGACGCCAAUGGCAUUUACAUAAUUCUCACCGGCAAUAACGUGGAUAUUCCUGGCUUUUGCAAGAAAUUCUGCGGGUGGCACACGAUGAAUCGUCUCGGCGGGUCGAAGCCUGUCGCGUAUGCCCUCGUGGGUCAUCACGGAUUGUGCCCGGCAAGCUGCGGGGCGAAGCCGACUUCGCCCAACGGAAAGCCCUGGCUCGACGCGAUGGUUUCGACGGUCGCUCACGAGAUCGCGGAGGCUGCGACGGAUCCUGAUGGCGGCAGCGGCUGGAUGGACACUAAAGGUGAGGAGAACGCUGAUAAAUGUAGCUACAGCUACGGAGUUACGCAAACCGCUCAGAACGCAAACGCCAUGACGAGACUCCUCAAAUACCUGCUGCCCGCUCUAGUGUCGAUGCUCGUCUGCCUCUCGUUGUUCCCCCUCGCAUACGCCGGUCCGGUGCGCGUCGCACGCACGCGACAGGCGCACGACGAGUACCUCCGCCAGCGACAGCUGAGCGACCGUGAGCGAAAGCUGACCGACAUCGUCUACCGCGGCUCACUGCCUCCUGUGCACCUGGUCGAAACAAAAUUCAGCUUCGACAAGGAGCGACGCGAGGAGGAACAACGCAAUCAGGGAGGUGCCGCGUCGUCCUCCAAAGCGACUCCCAUCAGAUACCACGGCGGCCCAGUGAUGAGCGGCGAGACGCUGAACGUAUACUUAAUAUACUAUGGCUCCUGGCCGGUGGGAUCCGGACAGGAUGUCAUUGAAAACUUCAUCCAGUCGCUGAGUCUAAGUGGCUCCGAUGCGCAGGGGGAAGCUGGGGAUCCGAAAGUGAGCAACUGGUGGGCGACGAGUACAAAGUACUACGCGCAGGCGCAAGACAUGUCUUCGAACAUCGUCAGCUCGGAGGUGAACCUCACCAAGGUUAUUUGGGACAAAGGGUCUCGCGGAAAGAAGCUCGGCCCCAGAGGUCCCUGGAAAAUUGUCAAGAGCAGGAUUGGCUCGGGAAAGCCGCUCCCUUACGACGCCAACGGCAUCUACCUGCUUCUCACCAGCAAGGACGUGAAAGUCGCUGGCUUUUGCACACAAUACUGCGGGUGGCACACGAUGGACUAUCUCGCCCUACGUCCACCUCCCCAGGUGAACCUCGCGAAAGUUAUCUACGACAAAGGUUCCCGCGGGAGAAAUUUUGGUGAAAAUACGCCUUGGGAAGUUGUCAAGAGCAAGAUUGGCGACGGAUUGCCGUUCCCUUACGACGCCAAUGGCAUCUACCUACUUCUCACGAGCAAGGACAUUAAAGUCCCCGGCUUUUGCACACAGUACUGCGGGUAUCACACUAUGGAUUAUAUCGAUCAGGACGCUGUCGCGUAUUCCCUCGUGGGUCACCACGGCAAGUGCCCGCAAAACUGCGGGGGGAAGAGGUUUUCGCCCAACGCGAAUCCCGCGAUUGACGCGACGAUUUCGACAAUCGCUCACGAGAUCGCGGAAGCUGCGACGGAUCCCGACGCGUCAACCGGCUGGCUCGAUACGGAUAAGGAAGAAAACGCGGAUAAGUGCAGCUACACUUACGGGAAGACGAAAACGGUCCGCAACAAGAAGGGCAAGAACGCAAAAUACAACCUCGUGGGGCUCAACAAUAUGAAGUUCCUGGUGCAACAGAACUGGGACUUCGGAACGGACUCAUGUGUGUCGCAGACGACUGGAUAG